AUGUCCACAAUGGAGGGAUCAACAGACAAGGUGGCUGAAAAGUCGACAAAGCCGCUUGGCAUGCGCAAAAACGGAAAACAAUGGCAUGCACCCAAGAAGGCAUUUCGCCCGACUAGAGGCCUAUCCUCCUACGAACAGCGGACGAAGGAGCGUGCCGCAAUGGCCCAGAUGAAAGCCAAGGAGAAGGAGCUGAAGCAGGAGAAAGAGGAAGAGCGCCAGCGUCGAAUUCAAGCAAUCAAAGACAAGCGCACAAGAAAGGAAGAGAAGGAACGAUACGAGAAGUUGGCCGAGAAGAUGCACCACAAGCGAGUGGAGCGACUGAAGCGCAAGGAGAAGCGAAACAAGCUCCUCAACUCAUGAGGCAAAGCUACGCUCACGCCGAAGAAGGACAUGGGAAUACACUGCAUCGGCAGCGUCAUGCAUAUUCUUGCAAAGUGCUUACAAUGGAU